AUGCCGGAGGAGGAUUUGGUGGACAUAAAGUUCAGGUUGUAUGAUGGUUCCGAUAUUGGGCCGUUCAGCUACUCAUCGGCCUCCACCGUCGAUAUGCUUAAGCAGAGGGUCGUCUCCGAUUGGCCCAAAGGCAAAACUAUGACACCCAAGACAGCUAAUGAAGUGAAACUGAUGAGUUUUGGCAAAAUUUUGGAAAACAACAAGACAGUGGGUCAAUGCAAAUUACCUUUUGGUGAUGUUGGUGGGGGCGUUAUCAUAAUGCAUGUUGUUGUACAGCCAGCUAUAGAAAAGGCUAAAACAGAAAAGAAGGUUGAUGAUUUGCCCCGGAAAGUUGUCUGCUCCUGUUCUAUAUUGUGA